GGUGAUAGACAUGAAAUUUUGAAGAUUUGGACAAAAUAAUUUCAGAGAUAUUUCAUUAACACUUUGCUCAAGAUAUGAUUGCUAAUGACUUGGUAGUUUUGUUAUGAUUUAUAGCUAAAACUUAUUUACACAGUCUUUCCUUAGCUGCGCAUACUGAGAAUGUCAAAGAGUGCCGUUGCAAUCAACGUUCAGAUUGGGCACACUGCCCACGUGCUUACACAAUCCACUGAGGAGGGCUACACCCAUGAGUGGAGCGUCUGGGUCCAGGGUGAAAAUAAUCGCAGCAUCACUGAAUUUGUUGAGAAGGUCGUCUUUACUCUCCACGAGAGCUUCAAGAGGCCCAAGAGAAUCUUCAAGACUCCUCCUUUCAAGGUGAUUGAAAAAGGGUAUGGAGGAUUCAAUUUACCUGUGGAAAUUUACUUCAAGAGCAACAACGAGGAAACAAGAAAAACAAGGUUUGAGUAUGACCUGUUCCUGCAAGAAAUCUCUGGAGAGCCAAUUAAUCACAUCCGUACUGAGCGUCUCACAUUCUUCAGCCCUCAAGACGAGUUUAGGAAGAAGCUCCUAUCGGCCGGAGGGGAAAUAGUGACGAACGAGGAAGGUCUGACCUCGCCACCGGUGCCCAGCGCGAGCCUCCACUCGACUUCCAACAACCACACGAGCAGCGCUGGCGGCGGCAGCUCCCGAGGCAUCCGCUCCUCAACGACCAGCUCUAUUUCCGCUGAUUCUGCCAAGCACGGAGCGAACUCAGCCAAGCUCCCGCCCCACAAGACAUCCGUGGGCAAGAAGACCAAAAACGAAACUAGUUCUUCGGCAAACACGGCAGUCAAGAAGGUAGGUGUCGAAGCUAGCGAGGUUUUCAUGGUAGUGCAAGAGAUUCAGGCCGUAACUGAUUUCAACGAGGUGUUCAAAGGCGGCACAUGGCUAGAGGCGUCUGCUAAGCUCUUCCUAUGGGCCGAGGACAAAGAGCCUUCAGAAAGCAACUGGAGAGAGGCGUUGCAACAGCUUGCCGAGAAGCACCGAUACGGGACUGUGUCUCGUUACAUUGCCAGCGUCGCGCCUUUGAGAAUAGAAGAAUUCUCUUACGAAGCCAUUCUGCAAACCGACCACGUCACUUUGAAGGCUAUUGCUAAUGCCAAAAAAAUUUUGCAUAAUAUUCGUCAGUUUUUCGGUUCUCUUAGCGAUAGUAGGAAUCUAGAAAGGAAGGAGAAUGCGGUUUGCCUUACCUCUUGUUACAACAACGAAGUAGACCUUUCAAAAGAUCGUGACUCGCCUUAUGCCCAUGAGUCAGACCUGAGAACACUUGGGAGUCCCAAGGUGGUUCUACGUAAACUUCAACUCGCUUCUCUGGAAUCUUCUGACCCUGUUAUGACGGGUGAUAGAGCUGAUUAUGAUACAUCAGUGAAUAUGACACCUCUAAAAAGCGGUGAAAGUGUAAUGUGUCUGGCAUCAAUUGCUUCAGAUGCUGUGAUAUCUACAAAUGCAACUGAAACCAUCAACAGCCCACUGUCUGCUAAAGAAAUGAUGUCUUCUGUUACUACUAAACGAAAGGCUUCCAGUUCUCGCGUAACAAUAACGUCUGAUUGUAAGUCCGCUAGCGAACAGAGCCGCGUUCACACACAACGCAACCACACUCGCAAGCAUUCUCACUUAUCUACUGCUAUUCUGGAUACAUCUUGUGACGCUAAUAACAACAUCAAGACCACUGAUAACGUAGUCUUAAGUGAUGAAUCCAAACCAAAUUAUACUUCUUUGUCAUGUCUUGCAAAAUCCCCAAAGAAAAGAAGCAUUUCUCUGUCCGGUAACGCAAUGCCUGACAAGGUAAUUUCCAGAGGUCGGCGUUCUGAAGGCUGUUCUGAUGGCACCAUAACUACACCAGACCCUCUUUACUGGUCAAAUCUUUCUGAAAGUUCAAAUGUAACGAAAAAAUUUUCUCUUGACAAGAGUGCCAAGUGCGAAACUGGAACAAAUUCUAGCCAGAAUGUUAAUCAUCGAGACGAGUCUUCUGAGUGUAGAUAUAAAGGAAAAGCAGGUGUUACAAAAGCUACGUCCUCGAAAAAUAAAAAAGAGAAAUGCCAUAAAUAUUUGGGUGCAAGUGGCCGAGGUUGCAAAUCUCAGUCAGGCAAGAAGUUUUCGCAGUCAGUCUUUAAGAAAAACGCGUUCGCUGCCAUGAAGAAAGAUCAAACUGCCGCGUCCACGACUGGUAGUAAAGAAAGCGUUAAUGAAGGCACCAGCACCAUCGCACUGCAUAAAACUAAGCCUAAAUCGCGCUCUUCAAGUUCGUCUAAAAUUUCUAAUAGAGGCAGUGACGCUGGGGACUUGUCAACUAAUGUCAAGUCUAGCACGCAGAUCCCUAAACAAGUUUUGCUUGAUGGUGCUAGUGAAGAUUCUAACGUGACGACUGAGGAGAUGAAAAAGCCUGACAACUUCGUGGAUCUUUUUGGCGAGCCUCUGAAGCCGUACAAAGACAAGACUGUGACUGCUGCCAAGUCCAAGACUCCCGUAGUAAAAACUAUCAAUGCAGCCAAGACUUCUCUUGACGUCUCCAAGACUUCGCUGAACGCCUCAAAAACUUCGUUCGCACCUGUCAAGAACAAAGAAGAUCCUGCAACUUCCUCAUCAAGAAGCAAGUCCGAUGUGUCCAAAGACAGGUCUUCUAAAUCUCGUGAUAAAGAAGCGCGCACAGAACACAAGCAUGAUGAAAAGAAAAGUAAAAGCGACAAAGAUAGAGACAAGGAGAGAUCUAAAUCGUCGAAGGAUGAUGAUAAAAAAUCUGGCGACAAGGAAAAGAGCAGUAAAAGUGAUAGGCAUAGCAACUCAGACAGAAAAGAUGAGAAGGGAUCUCAUAAAGAUAGCAAGAAAAGCAGUAAGAGUGAUAAAGACAAGAAAGAAUCUAAAGACAAAUACAGAGACAAAUCUACCACUGACGUGGACUCAAAGAAGGCGGAGGAGAAAGAGAAGCAUAGUGAGAAAUCUUCAAGUAGCAGAAGCAAAGAAAGUUCCUCUAAAAAGUCGAGCAGUGGCGAUACUAGUGCAUCGAAGAAAGAAACGGCCACAAAAGUUUCCUCGAAGAGUGAACAGAACUCAUCUAAGUCUCACAAAGAUCACAGCAAAGAUAAGCAUAAAUCCAAAACAAGUGAAAGCUCCCAUAAGGAAUCCAGCCAAAAAGAAAAAUCUGAUCGUAAUUCUCCAAAAUCCCCUAGAAAAGAAAGCUCAAGUCAUUCUAAGAAUAAAUCUGAUUCAAAUAAGCCUGAGUCUUCUAAGCAUGCAAAUAAUUCUAAAGGAUCCAAAUCUGGCGGCGACUGUCACCACUCAAAAGGUUCCUCUCCAGUUAUCGUGACUGAAUCACCUCCGUCAUCAAAAUCAUCAUCUCACCGCCACCAUCAUUCUUCCAAGUCUCCUGCCCCCAACAAAGCUGUGUCCCUUUCGCCCUCCAAAGAUGGCCGCAGCUCCCGAGCCUCUUCAUCUAAGCAUUUGUUAUCUCCGGCCAAACUUGCCGUGAAUCGAUCUUCUUCUUCGUCGCCGGCGCAGCAACCCAGUCGGUCAGGGGCAGCUGCGCAUGACCUCUCCCCCAGUCCAUCGUCUACACCGUCAUCUGCGUGCCUUCCUCCUCCUGCACCCCUACCGAAAGUUUCUCCUGCACCUAUCAACUCUCCGAGAAACAAUGUUGCUACACAGAAAGCUGUCGCACCUUCUUCUCACAGCCUGAAGAAAGAAUUGUCGCCGGAUUCUGCCUCCCCUACCGACGUCAGUCAACUUUCCCGGAAAUCCAAAAAGCGUCCCAGGUCAAGCAAAGAUUCUUCCAAGGAAGUUGCUGUUCCUCCGCCUAUUAAUGUUAAUGUAGCGCAGAAAGCAUCUGGUGAAAUCCAAAGACAGAGCCGCUCAUGCUCGUCUAGCUCGUUUAACUCUUCAAAAUCUCCUUCACCUUCUAGGUCUGACUCCGGUUCUUCGAAAUCCAGAUCACGAUCCCGAUCGUCAAGUUCUGCCAAGAGUCAAUCCAGCCGUUCGGCUAGCCCCUCAAGUGGAAAUCCUUCGAGGUCGCGUUCUGGAUCUGCAUCUCCGUCUCGUUCUCGUACGCCUUCUGGAUCUGGUGAUGACCGGUCCAGGUCAGUGUCAAGCUCAAGCAGCACAUCUCCUUCUCCUCCCAGAGCAAAUAAUUCAAUAAUUUCCCCGGGUGCGGCGCAUAAAACACUUGGUAUUUUAUUGGACCAAGUCUCUUCUACAAGUGACUCGGAGGACCUUGAAUUGCCUUCGGCUAAACGUGCCAAAAUCGAGCCUAAGAAAGAAUCAAAGAAGAGGCGAGCAAAAACGGCUCCUUCGCCAGUUGUCGAUGUACGCUCACUUGCUAAAAAUCCUGCCCAUGUUAAAAAAGAGACGCCAAAGAACACAGGGGUUAAUAAGAAAUUUUCAACUAUGCCUCCCAAUUCGACCAAAGACUCCUCCAGACAGAAACUCCCAACCCCUGCAGCGGCUGAAAGUCUUGCUAAACUCCCCAGCCACAUCCACAGUUCACUACCAGAAUCCAAGGGAAGCGAUGAUGAAGAAGACGACGACUCUGCUGAGCUCGAAGCUUCUGACGACAGCGACGGGGACGACUUUGAAAUGGCUCGGAGAAAUAUGGAUGUUAAGAAAAACGGCAGUGUGUCAGAUAACGAUAAUAUGAGCGACACAGGCCUGAGUGAAGAUGAAAUUGGUGAUGUACUCAGUGACGCCGAGGAGCAGCGAAUUUUUGAAGAAGGCAAAGCGUAUGUGAUGUGCAGCAGGAACGAGAAUGGCGAGGCAGUGAACACGGAAUACCCUGACUGGUAUUUCAAUGAAAGCCGUGUAUAUUAUCUUCGUAAAUGCCAGCCUCCCGUAAAAAGGCUUCAGUUAGACGCGUUGAUAGGUUCGUUACGGGCUCGUGAGUUCGGCGCAGCGGGCAUGGAGGUCCUGGGCCGUGUUUACGACUGCCUUCUGGACAACAAUGUGCCUCUGGCCUCUAGUGCCCAGGGCCUCAUGGUCAACUGGAAGCUUGUACCUCCAUGUGUUCUUAAAAAAGUCCUGAAAAUCUUCACAGAAUUUACCGACAUAGAAGAAUAAAGAGCUGAUGUACGUAUCUUGCAAGACUAAGCUAACUUUCAGAAUUAGCUCACCCAAUUCGAAAAUUUGGUUCCCGAUUUUGGAUUAUCUUUGUUCGAUUAUUAAUUCAAUUCGUGUCAUAUUUUGUACCUAGCGAUAUUAUUUUACCAGAUUUGUAUAUUCGGUCCGAGCAGUUUCAAACUGGCAAAUCAGAAUUUCAACUGUGCAAGAUAGCAUUAGAUCGACCUCAUUCGUGUUCAAGGGGUAAGGCAAUGAUGAACUAAAGCUGAGAUUUCAUUCGAGCAUUUGACGACCUGUUGUUUGUCAAAUAUUCAUCAUCACAACUAAGGUUUAUCUUUCUAAAGGUUAAGUUCCUUUGAUACGUUCAUUGUAUACCAGAUGAGGCUCACUCGUAAUUAUUUUAUUACCCGACUUGCACGAUCGAAAUGUUCAUGUCACCGAACAUGUUGUGUCAUAGGUGAUAAGCACUUUGGUUUUGUCUAUGAGCUUACAUCGAUUUCUGCAUAUUUAUAAUCAGUUUUCUUCAUGCAUUGCCUUAUAGUUGCUCUGUAUCUACGGUACGGUGAUUUUGUGUGUAAUCAAUAUCAGUUUGUUGGUGUAAGUCAACGAACCACUCUAGAUAUUAGAAACUUCUAAGCCCUCCGUUAUAUCCACUCAUUUGUCUACUCUCCUUGAUGCUAACACUCGAACUAUGCCGUAAUUUUGUUAUUGUGCACAGAAUUCUCUCAAAAGUAGAAAUAUCGAAGUUUUUCACUGAACUGACCUGAGAAUACUAGGCUAUGACUAGGAAUUGAUGCUUUAGAAAAGUUUUGUCCGUUUGGUUGCUAACGGAAAACUGGUGGCUAUUGCUGCAGCCAUUCACCCGCUGGUCAUGCAACCCAUCAUAAGUUUUUACUAAACUCAACACUGUUGCUAUGAACUUACAUCAAAACUAUUAGUUUCACGACCUGCAUCAAUGUUAACUGGUAACGCGGCGUUCAUCAAGCAUGCUGUUUGUACGAGUAACACUACCAGCAUCUGGAUCGUUGAUCUGAACGUUACCAUAACGCACGACUUGAAUUUUUGCAUUCGGCCACAUUCAUACAUUUAUUUGUUGAUUUAACUCCUUAUUUCAUCAUUUCACUUGGCUUAACAUGUAUCAUUUGAAGUGUGAGUGUUAUAGUUUUCGUUAUCUUCCAUAGCCAUCAGUAUAGCUUUUCGUUACCUUUACUAAAGGUAUUGAGUACUUGGUUUGGCUUCAAAAUAUUGCUCUAUCUGCAGUUCUACAUACUGUAUCGCCAUCGUUAUGAUUCAUGAUAAUUAUCUGCUGAUUUUUUAGUCAUGUUUGUCUACCUGAUUUGUCCAUUCCUUAGUGCGGCUGAUAAUGUGAUAUUACAUUUAAGAGGAAAGUUCAAUGGAACUCGAACUAUUUUGUUCGAAAUAAGUUGAGUACCUGAAGCGUUUCUCGCACCUGGCACUCGUGGAUGUACCUGAAUUGAAUAAACAAUUCCUGCCUUA